AUGUCAAAGUCUUUUUGUUUCUUUGCCAUCUUGGUUUUAAUUCUUGCAGUUCAAAUUAACGAGAUAGAAUGUGGUGAAUGCUCACAAAUUGCGGGUAAAUGUGGUGAGGCAGAAGAUUGUACUACACGGUGUAAUUCUUAUGGAGGUGGUGUUCGUGUUUUAAAAGCAUCAUGCUCGUUCUUAAACUUAUGCACUUGUAGUUUCGAACGACCACCACCAACAAUAGCAGCACCUCCUUGCCUUAUUGGGUUGGGAGUUUGCACUAAUGAACAUAAUGAAGAAUGGUGUAAGAAAGAGUGUCAAACUAAACAUCCUAACACGAGUUUUGGGGUCUGUGUAAAACUAUUUGAUCAGAAUAUUUGCACUUGUGUGUAUUACAGUUGA